AUGGACGGUCCCAUCCGGGGCACCCACGUCCCCCCCUCCGUGGCCUAUCUGGGGAUCCCAUAUGGGCGCCCCCCAUUGGGGCCGCUGCGUUUCCGCCCCCCCCUCCCCGCCCCCAAAUGGACCAGCCCAUUGGACGCCUCCUCCCACCGCAACGUGUGUUACCAAGCGGUCGAUACCAUGUUCCCUGGCUUCGGGGGGGCCGAGAUGUGGAACCCCAACCGGGCUAUGAGCGAGGACUGCCUAUACCUCAACGUAUGGAUCCCAUACCCCCCCCCGCCCCAAUUGAUGCCGGUGAUGGUAUGGAUCUAUGGGGGGGGGUUCUAUAGCGGGGCGGCCUCAUUGGAUGUAUAUGACGGGCGCAUCCUGGCCGCAUCCCAACGGGUUGUGGUUGUGUCCAUGAACUAUCGGGUUGGGGCUUUGGGGUUCCUGGCCCUUCCCGGCCAUCCGGAUGCUCCCGGGAACGCCGGGUUAUGGGAUCAGCGCUUGGCCCUACAAUGGAUCCAAAGGAACAUUAGGGUCUUUGGGGGGGACCCCAAUGCGGUGACGCUGUUCGGUGAGAGCGCCGGAGCCGCAUCCAUCGGGAUCCAUCUCCUGUCACCGGGAAGCCGGGAAUACUUCCAUAGGGCCAUACUGCAGAGCGGGUCCCCUAACGGCCCAUGGGCCACCAUUGACCCCAAUGAGGGCCGGAGGAGGGCCCUGAAGCUGGGAAUGGCAUUGGGAUGCAUUGGGAAUGACACGGAGGUGGUGAUGUGCCUACGGGAGCGGCCGGCGCCGGAGCUGGUGGAGGGGGAGGGGGUGGUGAUGCCGCAGGACAGCGUGUUCCGGUUCCCAUUCGUGCCGGUGGUGGAUGGGGAGUUCCUUAGGGAUAGCCCCGAGGUGCUGUUGGGGGCUGGGAUGGCCACGGCCAUCGACAUCCUCCUCGGGGCCGUGCGGGAUGAAGGCACCUACUUCCUGGUCUAUGGGGUCCCAGGCUUCGGGAAGGACAACGAGAGCCUCAUCAGCCGCGACGAGUUCCUCCAUGGGGUCCGCAUGGGGGUCCCACAAGGGGACGAGGUGGUGGCUGCGGCCGUGGAGCUCCAGUAUACGGACUGGUUGGACCAGGAGAACCCAGUAAAGAACCGGGAGGCACUGGGAGCCAUAGUGGGAGACCACAACGUGGUGUGUCCGCUGAUGGAGUUCGCAGGGCGAUGGGCGCUAUGGGGUCGGGUGUACGUGUACCUGUUCGAGCAUCGAGCGUCGACCCUAUUGUGGCCCCAAUGGAUGGGGGUGCCCCAUGGAUAUGAGAUCGAGUUUGUCUUUGGGCAGCCGCUUAGGCCUGAGCUUAACUACACCGAGGAGGAGAAGGGGCUGAGCAGGAGGAUGAUGGAGUAUUGGGGGAACUUCGCGAGGACAGGUGACCCCAACGGCCCCAAUGACUCAGGUCCCUCUCGCUGGCCCCAGUUCACGUUACGGGGUCAGGGCUACGCUCGGCUCAACACGGCCCCAUUGAGCCAGGCCAAGGGGCUGCGGGCUCAGGCCUGUGCCUUCUGGACCCGCUUCCUGCCCAAGCUGAUGCAUGCGACCGGCCCCAUGGAGGAGGCCGAGCACCAAUGGCGGCAGGAGUUCCAUCGCUGGAGCUCAUAUAUGGGGCGAUGGCAAAGUCACUUCGAGCACUACAGCAGAAUGGGGCAAUGCCAGCAGCUCUGAGCUGCCCCAUAGAGACCCCAUAGAGACCCCAUAGGGAUAACCCAUAGAGACCCCAUAGGGAUAACCCAUAGGGAGCCCCAUAGAGACCCACAUACAGAUACACCACAGGGAUGACCCAUAGGGAUAACCCAUAGAGACCCCAUAGGGAUAACCUAUAGGGAUAACCCAUAGAGACCCCAUAGGGAUAACCCAUAGGGAUAACCCAUAGGGAGCCCCAUAGAGACCCCAUAGGGAUAACCCAUAGGGAUAACCCAUAGGGAUAACCCAUAGAGA